UAAACGAAGCCAACAGAGAGUGGACGUUCAGAUCGCCGUCUUCCCUGCACUUUAAAGUGGCAGUGCUGCGUUUCUCAAAAGUUAUAUCGCUAAGCAGAAUCAGGAUGAAGAAACUCUUGCUUCUUUCGUUAAUAUUUGCCGUCUUGCUCUUUCAAGUAACGGGGAAGCAAAUCUCGGAUAACCGGGACAUCUGUCUGCUUCCCAAAGACGACGGGCCCUGCAGAGCCAUUUUAUCUCGGUACUAUUACAACAGAUACACGCAGCAGUGCGAGGAGUUCGAAUACGGAGGCUGCGAAGGAAAUGCAAACAACUUUGAAACUUUUGAGGAUUGUGAAAAAACCUGUUGGAUGAUUAAAAAGGUCCCAAAAAUCUGUAGACUUGAAGCAGAUGAAGGCCCAUGUCGUGCCUUGCUAAAAAUAUAUUUUUACAACUUCACUUCCAUGGCGUGUGAACCUUUCUAUUAUGGAGGCUGCUAUGGCAAUGACAACCGAUUUGAUAAUAGAGCUUCCUGUCUAAGCUUUUGUAGUCCACAGACAGGAGAACAGCUUGGGAAUAUGGCAGUGGCACCAAGUGCCACAGCAGAAUAUCGAGAAGAGAAGAGAAGGAGAAUAGAGAAGGAAAUUCCUUCCAUCUGCAUUGGACCUGUAGAUCCUGGUUCUUGUUCUGCAUCUGUUACUCGAUAUUACUAUGAUAUAAAACUUAAGGCAUGUAAGGAGUUCACAUAUUCUGGAUGUGGUGGCAAUUCAAAUAAUUUUCCUUCAAUUGAAUCAUGCACAUCUAUUUGUAAAAAAGGGCGAAUGAAUAAUAAGAUGCAUUUGACAACAAAAAUGAAAAUUAGAAGGAAAAAGCUCCAAAAUGACAACUAAACUAAUAAAAAGACUAACCUGAUAUCAAUAAACAAUGAAGUUGGAAGCAAUGUAAGCAAAGUUUGGUGGCAUUCUAUAUUGAACUGCAGGAUGUAAUUGCGGUGUAAAGUACCUAUUUGUUUAAAGACAAGAUCAGAUUACUCAGUGGUCGAUUAAAUUGGUUAUGGUUGCACUGCUUUAAUGAGUUGUACACUACUGUUUUAUUAUGGUUUGUAUAAGUGUUUAAUAUUUCACUAAAAAACAUGUUUAACCUCAUGCUACUGAAAAGAACAGGCAUAUAAUAAACACUUGUGUUGUAUUGUUUAAAUAGUAAAUGGAUAUUAAAUUUAUUUAAUGCGUACUGUAAAUAUUUGAAAUAUGAGUUGCAUUGUAUAUUGUGCGAAUGCUGUAAGGGUAGACAUUUUAAAAAACUUUCUGUAAACAGUGAGUACGUGUUUGUUGGAGUAUGUUGUAAAGGUCUUGUGUCUAGGUUCACUAUUUUUGUAUACUGUUUUUACUAUAUAUUUAUGCUUCUAACACCCAUUUCAAUAAAGUGAUUAUGUAAUAUUUA